UUGCUUUGCUUUUUAGAUUCGGACGAUGAUGAGGCGAACGUAAAAGACGGAGGUCUUGAUGCUUUAUUCCUUGUUAGGAAUAAACCGGAAGAGAUUGAAAAAUAUGUAAUUCAUCUUCGGAAGAUGCUGCUGGAAGGCGAAGGUGAAACUGUCGUUGAAAUCGGUGUUCCCAUAGAACAGGGUGGAAAAGCCUCUGGCAUCCCAACAAAGGAUUUGGAAACCGCGGUUGCCAAUCAUGUGAAAGCUCUAGCAAGUAUUCCUGCCAUUGGUACUAAGAUAGAGACUAGGACAAAUGGUGAUAAAUCCACCGAGGUUUGGAUAGUACGAGACCCUCCAUUAAGUGACGAUUUCAUUGAGGUUCGAGUUGCGGUUGUAGGAAAUGUGGAUGCGGGAAAAUCUACUUUGCUCGGAGUAUUAACCCAUAGUGUCCUUGACGAUGGAAGGGGGUUGGCGAGGACAAAAUUGUUCAGACAUAAACACGAAUUUGAAUCUGGUCGAACAUCAUCUGUUGGUAACGAUAUUCUUGGCUUUGAUGUUCAUGGCAAUGUCGUUAACAAGCCGGAUAAACAUAAUAACAACCUUGACUGGGUGCAGAUCAGCCGAGACUGCAGUAAGGUCACCAAAAUUGAUAUGUGUCCGCCACAGAUUCUCCAAGAAACUAUGAAAAACAUUGGACGACUAGUCAAGAGUGAGGACUUUGUUGGCGCGGGAGCUCGAAAACUUCCCGUCAUGGUUCGGAACACUAACGAUGUAAUUCAUGCCGCUGUAAAUUUCCCGAUAUGUCCUAUUUUCCAAGUGUCAAACGUGGAAGGCACGAAUCUUGACCUUCUCAGGCAGUUCUUGAACAUUGUUCCGUUGAGGCGAACUCUAUGCGAAAACGAUCCUGCUCAUUUCCAAGUAAGAUCAUCUAUUUUCCUUGCAAAACUGAUCCAAUUUCUCCGCAGUUUCCCAUGCAUUUUAUUGCAGAUAGAUGACGUUUACUGGGUAGAAGGUGUCGGCACUAUCUUGAUAUUACAUCAUCCUACUACAAUAAAGCCGAAUUAUCAAGCUAUGCUUCAUAUUGGCUCCAUAAGGCAGACAGCAACACUUGUCAGCAUGACUAAGGAAGUACUACGCACUGGAGAUCGCGACCGCGUUACAUUUCGUUUUAUACGAUUGCCUGAAUACAUUCGGCCAGGGACAAGGAUGGUAUUCCGCGAAGGAAGAACUAAAGCCGUAGGAACGGUUGUAAACGUUAUACCACAAUCAAGUCUUGCACAACAGAGAGCCAAUAAGCUGAAGGAUAAAACUAAUAGAACAUUCAUUAAACGAGGUGGGCCAAAACCACCCAAUGGAAAACCGUCCAAAGUCGAAGCAAAGGAGUGAAC